AUGAUGGUCGCUCUCAACCCCCGCAUCCGCGUUCGCGAGGCCGUGCCCGCCGACGCCGAGGCCAUCACGAAUACCAUACAUGAUGGCUUUUCCGUCGACGCAAUGCACCAACUUAUGUAUCCUAACGGCGUAUCGGACGAUUCGAGAAGAAAGUUCGCUGCCAGGCUCUUCUCGCCCACCCCCCCUCGUCCCAACGAGGGAGAAAAGCUCAUCAUGGUGGCAGAGCUGCUACCAGAGGGUUCUGAUGGUCCUGGCGAGAUUGUUGCCUUUUCCGAAUGGACCCUGUUCCGAAAUCCGCGUGCCGAGGAAGAGUGGAAUGCCAAGGAGGAACCAAGGACACAAGAGCAGCUGGGAGAAGGUUGCAAUGUGCAGGUCUUCAACGCCUUUAUCGGCGGGUUGCACAAGAAGCGGCGAGAGCACAUGAAGGGUGAUCCCGGGCUAGACGAAUCGUCAAAGGCUGGGGCCGGAAAGGCCCUCCUACACUGGGGUACCACCCUGGCUGACGAACUGAGCCUGCCACUGUUUCUCGAGUCAUCGCCCUUUGGUUACAAUCUCUACCGACAAUUCGGGUUUGAACCCAUCGAUGUCUUCGACUUCCCCGUCUUCGAUUUGUUCGGCGCCGUCAAACGCGAAGGUCAGAACUGGGGAGAACUCGUGGCGCUCGAGUUCGCUGGGUCACUCGCCAAGGGAUGCUUCCGCACCGCCAUCAUGAGAAGGCCUGCCAAGAGUGCCUGA